CAACGAAUGUAAACAAUAACAACACCCUCUUCGCUGGUAAACAGUCGUAGUCAGCCAUCGUCGUUUUGUGGUCUCCGUGAUUUUUGUGCUGUGCUGUGAAAUAUUCCUCCCAACCCACUCAUCAUCACUUUCGCCUUCAACCAAAAACAUGGAAGAGGAUUACGGCGUUACUGAUUCGCCUCGGAAGGGGCCCACGCUGUCCACGUCAACCUCCAGCUUCGAGCCGUUCGAUGCACACGACCCGAACCUAUCCCGCUUGGCGACAAAAAUGUUCCAGAAAACGGGCGACUACAUUACCCACGAGCUGGCCUCAACGGUGGACGAUUACAAGCUGAUUGAAAGCAUGAACCGUGCGAUGAUGGGCAAGGUGGCGGACAUGCGACAGAUGUCGCAAUCGAUCGCUGCGAAAAACGCAGAACUGAACCAGAAGUAUGAGGAUUUGAAACCCCUGCUGCAAAGGAUUGAUGACAUUGAGUCCACGGUGGACAAGCUGGAGGCAGCCGCAUAUCAGCUCGAUUCGUACUCGAUUCGCUUGGAGAACAAGUUUAAGUCACUGAAAGCCAAGCAGUAGAUUGAUGGGGAUUACACAUUAGUGGGUAUAUAUUUAUUCAUUCAGCAAUACGCAACAUAAAAAAGGACGGCGUGAUUCCGGCAGCCCCGUCAGCCAAGAAUUAGUUUAAACAUUAUCGCUACUAUGUUAAGAAAUAUUAAUGGAACUGUAAAUAAACGCAAAGAAGUUCGUUAGCCCAUUA